AAAUAAGAUAGCAUGGUUGCACUGUUUUUGUUUACUAAUUUUCUCGAAAUAUUUAAAAGUAUUCAAAAGUCGCAUUAAAAUGACUAGUGAAGAGGAAUCAGCUUGCAGGAUAUGUGCAGAUGAUGCGCAUUACAAUAUAUUUCAAGAUGAACUCGUCGUUGACAACAGAAAUAUGAAGAUUUACAUCGUACUUAAUAAUUUUAUUUUUGAGAAGCUUUACGGACCUGAUGAAUACUCAGACAUGGUUUGCAUAACUUGCUGUGACGCAUUAUUCAAUUCCUACAAAUUUAUGCUACAAGUAAGAGAAGCUGAACAAAAGUUAAAGACUGAAGGACCACCACAAAAGAAAAUGAAGAUAAAGAUCCAAAGUGUACGGAAAAUUGAGAUGCAGGAAGUACAAAAGAUUGACGAAUUGACUGCGAUUGCUGAUGCACAGGAUGAUCUAAUGAGUGAUAAUAAUAUUAAUGAAGAUAUAAUGGAUCCAGUCUAUUCAGACGAGGAAAUUGUAGUUCCAGAUAUUAAGGAAGAGAAGAAACAUUCAGUCAGUCCAGAAAAGAAAUCCGAGCCAGCCAGAAAGAAACCAAAAUUGUCAUCAAGUGCAGAUUUUACAGAAUCAUUUAGUGUAACUAGUUAUUCCUUAGUAUAUAAGAACGAAAGUGAGCAGACUAUAGCUAAUAUCCACAUAGACAACGGAUCUAUCAAAAAUAUUGGCGAUGGAAAUUAUAAUCUCGAUAAAUGGCUUGAAAAUUCCUCAGAUUCAGCAAUAUACUCAUGCACAUAUUGUGUUAAAGGCUUCGUUAAUUCAGAUUUUCUUCUCAAACACAUCACAGCCUGUCACAUUUGCUUGACGUGCUUUAAAAUCUGCGAUACGAACAAGCUCCUUAAUCAGCACGUAAAAACUCACAACGAAGAGAAGCUAGUAUGUCCAUUUUGUGGGAAAGUCUGUACCUACAAUGUAUUUAGACAGCACAUAAGAAAGCAACAUGUGUUCAACCUGCCAUAUUACGUUGGUGUACUUCCUCAAAACAUAAAUGCUAGGAACUACGAGUAGCGGUGGCUUAUCGAGGAAAUUUUAAAUAAAUUUCUCAAACUUAUAGUAUUUUAAAUUUGAAUAAAGCUAUUUAAUGAUGUGUUGUAAGCAU